CCGAAAAAUUAGAUUAAAAUACAUGAUAUGUAUGGACCUGAAUAGUGAGUGUAUUGGCCACACACUUGACUGGAGUAUUCAGGAGAUUAGUGAGCUGCAUGAUGAGCAGCCAGCAUAUAAGUAUGCUAAAAGAAGGAAGCCCCAAGAAUGAAAAUUGAGCAAAGACUCAGAGAAAAAAGGCAUAAUGUGAGAUGCCGCCCCUGUUAGAGGUACAGGUGGAAAAUGUGUUAUAUUGUAUUGAAGAUGGGCAUAAUCUGAGAUGCCGCCCCUGUUAGAGGUACAGGUGGAAAUUAUGUUAUAUUGUGUUGAAGAUGGGCAUAAUGUGAGAUGCCGCCCCUGUCAGAGUUACAGGUGGAAAUAAAUGAUGUGUUUUAGUGAGUCCGUACGGAGAAGCCACUAAGGUGGUGAUUCUACCCCCCAAGUAUUUCCAAGGCGAUAACUCUGGCUCAUUCGUCGCCACUGCAGGGCACGGAGGAACCAAAGUUACGUUAUGUCGGUGUAGAAAGUUCGCUUUCUGGCCUGGAAUGAAACGGGAUGUAGAAAAUUAUGUAAGGAAGUGCGUCAUGGUAGUCGUUUUAAAAGUGAGUUGGGAACUUGCACCCUGCUCCUUGGCGGCAAUAUCCAGACGUCACCGCUCCUUUUGGAAGAAUACACAUGGACCUUGUGGGUCCCAUGGGUGUAUCGGACAAUGGGGUUCGAUACGUAAUGCCCAUAGUUGAUGUUUUUAAAAAGGUAUUUGAUUACAGUACCCUUACGGAGUAAGGAAGCCCGCGAAAUGGCAAGGGCGUUGUACGUGGAUGUUGUUUGUGUACACGGUGUUCCUCAGACAGUUGUUACAGGUCAAGGUUCAGAGUUCGUUAAUUCCGUGAUGCAGGAGAUAAAUUAGAAGCUACCUGUGCGACACGCGAAUAACGGCUUACCAUACAAAUGGAAAUAGAGGUAAUAAAGCGCGCAAAUUAUACUGUUGUUAACAUUUUGAGGAGAAUGUUCUAGGAAAUGUGUCCGUUUGGGAUAUAAUGCUACUUAUAGACAUCUUGGCCUAUAAUCCUGCGUAUUAUCGCACCAUAAAGGAGUCCCCAUUUUAUCGAGAGAGACAGAGAGAGAAUUUUUAGAGAUCCUCCUGUACCCUACACUAUGUUAGAAAAAAAUUCAGCAGCCCUGGUAUGAUAUUUACUCCUAUAAAGAGGAAAUGGCUGCAAUUGCAAGGAAAGUUUAUGAUAUUUACUCCUAUGAAAAGGAAAUGACUGCAAUUGCAAGGAAAGUUUAUGAUAUUUACUCCUAUAAAGAGGAAAUGGUUGUAAUUGCAAGGAAAGUUUAUGAUAUUUACUCCUAUAAAGAGGAAAUGGUUGUAAUUGCAAGGAAAGUUUAUGAUAUUUACUCCUAUGAAAAGGAAAUGGUUGUAAUUGCAAGGAAAGUUUAUGAUAUUUACUCCUAUAAAGAGGAAAUGACUGCAAUUGCAAGGAAAGUUUAUGAUAUUUACUCCUAUAAAGAGGAAAUGACUGCAAUUGCAAGGAAAGUUUAUGAUAUUUACUCCUAUAAAGAGGAAAUGACUGCAAUUGCAAGGAAAGUUUAUGAUAUUUACUCCUAUGAAAAGGAAAUGGUUGUAAUUGCAAGGAAAGUUUAUGAUAUUUACUCCUAUAAAGAGGAAAUGACUGCAAUUGCAAGGAAAGUUUAUGAUAUUUACUCCUAUAAAGAGGAAAUGGUUGUAAUUGCAAGGAAAGUUUAUGAUAUUUACUCCUAUAAAGAGGAAAUGGUUGUAAUUGCAAGGAAAGUUUAUGAUAUUUACUCCUAUAAAGAGGAAAUGGUUGUAAUUGCAAGGAAAGUUUAUGAUAUUUACUUCCAUGAAGAGGAAAUGGAUGUAAUGCAAAGAAAGUUUAUGAUAGAUGCCAGGUUUACAAUGAAGAAAGUAGAGAAGAAAUGGAAAAAUAUUACCAAGUUACAAAAAUCAAAACUAUCAACGUUGGCGACAGAGUGUUCCUCAAACAUACACCAAAAAGAAAAGAAAAAGUUGCAACCUAUUUUUGAUGGACCCUACAGGGUAAUAGAGAAGAUCAGUGAUAUAAUGGUAAAAAUUAGGAACCUCAGGACUGGUAAGGUUUCAACGGCCCCCACAGAUAUAGUAAAAGUUCUUCAUGAAGAUUGCAUUGAUGUGCAGCAAUGUCCAACGAUUAGGCGAGCAUACCCUUUAAAUCCAGAGACAGACACUGAUCUAUUCUUUGCAUUGCUCAACCCUGAAAUCGCUGAGAAAAAUUCUACCGAAAAUAAUGACUCGUAGCGGAGAGGUGACUGCUACUCAUGACACAUUAAAUAAUGUUCGUUCUACAACAGCAAUAAACAGCUGAUGCACAGGCCCUACCUUCUCAGGUUACUCCCAAACUUUCAGAGCCACCUCGGCAUAGAUAAAGCCUUCGCUCUUCGACGGUACAAGAGUUGCCUAAUGUAAUGUCAAAACUAAUACGAUAUAGAACAGGAAUAAUGCAUAAGGAUGAAAAUGCAAUAAUUGAGCGGAAAUAUGACGAAAUAAACCACAGAUUGAUUUGACUCUUUCAGUGUACGACUCAUUGACACAACAGGAGUCCCCAACACGUGCUGGCCAAAGUUUCACACCAACAUACUAUCUAUAUUAUAGU